UUUUCAAACAAAAUAAAUAAUGCAGACUUAAACAUGUAAAAUAAAUAAUAUAAAUGUAUCUGCUUAAAUAUAAAUUGUUAGAUCUUAUAAAUACAUGUAUAUUGAGCAUAUUUGUACUUUAAAUGUAAAAAUUUACAAACAGUUCUUCAAGUGUGUAUAUUUUAUGAUGUCUACAAAUCAAUCAGCAUCAGCCCCCUUGGGGACUGCUAUGGAUAGUUUAAGUCAAGCGCUUAAGUGCAACAUUUUGCCAAACCAAGAAUAUUUAUUACAAGGUUCUGUUUUAGAUUCUGCCGUUGAAGCACUUCUACACAGGUUAAGAGGUCUUUGCGAUAAUGUAGACUCCGGCCCUGAAACAUUUCACGAUCACGAAGUGUGUUUUAGUCUCAGAGGACCCACACAAAUGAAUCCUCUAGUCCUCAGGGUACGUAAAGCGUUAGAUCAAGAAGCCCCAUAUCAAUUGAGAUAUAUAGGUGCCUCUGAAUUGGGUGAUCGUUCUAGACCGGCAGUGGUACGGUCGUCUAUAGAUAUCGCUUGUAGUUCCACUGUUAUGGAGUUUCUUACAGAACUCGGAUGUAGGAUAGAUUUUGAGUACACUGUUAGGGGUUAUAUGUUUCGGAAGGGACGGAUGAAGAUUACCGUAUCUAAGGUUUUCAAGAAAGGUGCGUCACCUUCAAAACCUGGAGAAGCUUUUGAACCAAUUUCUCAGAGUUAUCUUGUUGAAUUAUCGGUGCUUGCUCCGUCUGGACAAGACGCUAUAGCCGAAGACAUAAGAAUAUUUGCUGAACAGUUACGACCUUUAGUUUUGCUUGAAAAGAUUGAUUAUAAACGCUUGGCUCAUGUUACAUAAAUAAGAAGAAAAAAUUUGUUGAAAGAAUGAAAAGAAUAAAAAGAUUUAUAAGUAGGUGAGA